AUGGCAGCCUUUAACUGCUCUUUUGAUCUAAUGGCUGAAAAAGGCAGAUGGAUUUGUCCUCUGGGGGAAAAGUGUGUCAAUCUGACCUCUGAUGCAAACGGCAGCCAUAGUGAACUGGAUGAGGCCUGUCUGUCGGAUGAAAGCUACUUGGAGAAGUAUUUAGGGCCUCGUCGAUCAACUGUGUUCCUCCCUGUCUGCCUCACGUACCUGUUCAUUUUUCUGGUAGGUGUCAUGGGGAAUGUGCUGACAUGCACUGUCAUUGCACGCAACAAAGUCAUGUGGACGCCAACAAAUUACUACCUGUUCAGCCUGGCAGUGUCGGACCUGCUGGUGCUGCUGCUCGGUAUGCCAUUAGAGCUGUAUGAGCUUUGGCAGAACUACCCCUUCCUACUGGGGAGGGGUGGCUGCUACUUUAAAACGUUCCUAUUUGAGACUGUUUGCCUGGCAUCUAUCCUCAACGUAACAGCGCUGAGCGUAGAGCGUUACAUCGCUGUGGUGCACCCGCUACGGGCAAAAUAUGUUGUAACACGCACCCAUGCAAAGCGGGUCAUCCUUACGGUUUGGGGGGUGUCGGUGUUGUGUGCUUUACCAAACACAGGUCUACAUGGGAUCGACGUGCUUCAAAGUCAAUGCACCGGUCCUGCUGGGAACAUAACAAGAGAGAUCCCCGACUCAGCAAUCUGUACUCUAGUGAAACCGCGCUGGAUGUACAACCUGACCAUUCAGGUGACCACCUUCCUAUUUUUCAUCCUGCCCAUGCUCACUAUCAGCGCUCUCUACAUGCUCAUUGGGCUGCAGCUUAAGCGGGAGAGGAUGUGUCACACACUGGAGGCGAAGACAGGCUUUGGACAAGACAGCUUCUGUAACAUCCGUACACAGCAGCAGAAGGCCCGUCGCCGGCAAGUCACUAAAAUGUUGUUUGUUUUAGUGGUGGUUUUCGGGAUCUGCUGGGCCCCGUUUCACACUGACCGUCUCAUGUGGAGUUUCAUCAAUAACUGGACUGACAACCACCUGCAAUUAUUUCAGUACGUACACAUCAUCUCCGGAGUGUUUUUCUACCUCAGUUCGGCAGUCAACCCUAUCCUGUACAACCUCAUGUCCACACGUUUUAGAGAAAUGUUCAAAGAGGUCAUGUGUCAUCGGCCACACAACAUCAUUCCAAGAAAACACUCACUCAGUGUAACCCGUGUGACGCUCCGCAGCACACUGAGUGACGCGCCGUUAAGCAGUGGAGCUGCUGUCGUUGAAGCCGAGGCAGAAGAUGGAGAAGUGAGGAUAAAAGAUGAAACCUCUUUUUCGUGUUAAAAACAACUUAAAGGGGGUGGGAAUGGGGAUGAUUUAUUGUGGAUGGCAUGCUAUUUAGUUCUGAUCCACCGCAUCCAUCUAUCAUCCACUUUGAGGUGCAUCAGCUAAAUAAACUACCUAAAAAACAGUCUUGAGUGGAAAAACAGAAACCCUGAAGCUGUCAGGCAGCAGUGUUAGGACCCGAUCAGGUGGCAAAAGGUCAGUUGCACCUCACUGCCUUAUUAUUUGUUCAAAGCUAGUGCUUUUUGCUCUUUGUUUUAUAUUGCUUUGUUGUUGUGUUUCAACAACCACAUCAUCUGUAGUGAGCCUAACUGUUAUUUUGCUAAACUCAAAGAUCUGUACCAUUAAACAAAUUCCAAUUUUGAAAAGUGAGGUGCUCAGUGGUGCAGAAGCAGUAAGCUUAAAGCAUCUAUCUAGUUGAAAACAAUAACAAGGGUUGCCAGCUGCUUAAAAGCACACUUAUUGGGGCCUAAAUGAACUAUUCUCCAUUGAAAAAUUUAAAAGCAGAUUGCAUACUUUUGCAAAUAAACUUUUGCUCAAGCUCUAAGAAAUAAUACAGGAUUGAGUAGGCGUAGGUUAUACAAACAGGACGGAAAGACUUGUCACAACUGGUAUUUGAGCGAAUUAUCCUUAGAGAGAGAGAGUAAGGAGCACAGGAAAAUAAUUGCUUGUUGACCUGCAUGGAGAAAUGCCGCUCUGAUUUAAACAGAUGCAAUAUUGUGGCGCUUUGUAGGACUUACAAUUAACCUUGAACCCGUUCCCUUUGCUUCUACACCCUGGACUGGACUGCCACUCAUGACUGCAACACACACGGCGUCCAUUCCAACACAUUGUGUAGGUAUCGUGCCACAUGUGGCGGUUGCAGCCACUGUAAGCCAUGAAGCAGAAAGAUGGAUACAGCUUUGAAUGUAAUUACAGGUCCUGUAUGUUAUCAAACCAUUUUGUUGCAGCAUUUAAGGAUCUUCUGUUAUAUAUGUCUUUACAAAAAUCCUGGAAUUAGGCAUGUUAAAAAGUAAGAGGUGGAAGAAUGUAUACAAAAGUUGUUCCAUGCCCAAAAUAAAUUGUAAACUUUUAUGGACUUGUUUUAAAAAUACAGUACGGUAAUGUAAAUUACAAUGGUGCACAUCUUGUUUUAUUUAUGAUACUGCUACUGUUAUUGUAAUGUAAUGGGUAAGCCACAGUGUGCUGUACAGUAAUGUUU